AUGAAAUCCGUCGGACUUAUAUUAAAGUUGGGCCAAAUCAACCAAUUCUUGAUAAUUAUCCAUUUUCUGGAACCUUCAAUCAAUACGGGUUCAAAUGCUUUUAUUGAGAAUGGUUUCAGGAAUUGGAAGAAAGUGAAUAGUGGAAAAGAAUGUGCUCUUUUGAAUCACAUUGGCAAAGGUCCUAACUCAUUCCAUCAUAAGGCGCUGAAAUCAUGUGAUGAUUUGAUGAAACAAUCACAACAUAUUGACAGACUUCUUCAUAAGCAAACAUCAGAAGAGAUUGAAAAGAAUCGAAUUCGACUAGGAGCAUCUAUAGAUUGCAUUAGAUGGUUGACAUUUCAAGGUUGUGCAUACAGAGGACAUGAUGAAAGCCAAAGUUCAAGCAACAGAGGAAACUUUUUGGAAAUGUUAAAAUUUUUGGGAUCUUACAAUGAAAGAGUGAAAAAGAAUGUUUUGAAAAAUGCUCCAAAAAAUGCUAAGUAUACUUCAAAUGAUGUCCAAAAAGAAAUUCUACAUAUUCUUGCUACUAAGGUGAGAAAUUCAAUUGGAGAAGAGAUUGGAGAUGCCAAAUUUUGUAUUAUUGUUGAUGAAGCUAGAGAUGAAUCUAAAAAGGAGCAAAUGGCCAUUAUUUUGAGAUUUGUUGCUCUAGAUGGUUUUGUUAAAGAGAGAUUAUUUGAUCUUGUGCAUGUCACUGAUACUUGUGCAACAACUUUAAAGAAAGAAUUGAUUUCUGUCAUUUCUUAUUAUAAUUUCCAAGUUGAAAAUAUUAGGGGUCAAGGGUAUGAUGGUGCUAGCAACAUGCGGGGUGAGUGGAAUGGUUUGCAAGCUUUGUUUCUUAAAGAUUCUCCACAAGCAUACUAUGUACAUUAUUUUGCUCAUAUGUUACAAUUAGCAUUGGUGGCAGCUUCAAGAGAUGUACUUCAAAUUCAUGAAUUUUUUACUCAAUUAAACUCUAUUGUCACUAUUGUUAGUGCUUCUUCAAAAAGACAUGAUCAAUUACAAGAAUCUCAAGCAAUUGAAAAUACAAACUUGGUUGCUCAAAAUGAAUUAAAAACAGGCAAAUGUGCGAAUCAAAUAAGCACUUUACAAAGAGUUGGGGAUACUCGAUGGAGCUCUCACUUUAAUUCUAUUUGCAGUUUGGUAAAAAUGUUUACUGCUACCAACAUUGUUCUCAAUAAUAUCAUUGAAGACGGGACAACUUAUGCACAAAGAGGUGAGGCUUAUGGUGUUAGUAAAAUAGUAUUGUCAUUUGAAUUUGUUUUCACUUUGCACUUGAUGAAAGAGAUUAUAGGAAUCACUAAUGUUCUUUGCCAAACACUACAACAACAAUCUCAAGAUAUUCUUAAUGCAAUACAUAUUGUUUCUACAUCAAAGUUACUUCUUCAACAAUUAAGAGACGGUGGAUGGUGCAAUUUUCUUGCAAAUAUUAAAGAUUUUUGUGAAAAGCAUGAAAUUGAAGUCCCUAAUAUGAGUGCACAAUAUAUUUUUGGAAGAGGUCGAUCUCGUCAACCAAGUGUGACAGUUGAGCAUCAUUAUCGAAUAGAUGUAUUCUUGACAACAAUUGACUCUCAAAUACAAGAGUUGAAUAGUAGAUUUAAUGAGCAAACAAUAGAGCUUUUGACUUUGAGUUGUGCUUUAGAUCCUAAGGACAAUUUCAAAUCAUUUAAUAUUGAAGAAAUUAGCAAAUUAGCAGAGAAGUUUUAUCCCCUUGACUUUUCUUCUAAUGAGCUAAAUAUUUUGAAACCUCAGUUGCAACAUUAUCAGCAUGAUAUACCAAAUCAUUUGAAAGGCAUUGUGUCUACAGCAACAAUAGAAAGAGCUUUUUCAGCAAUGAAAAUUGUUAAGACAAGACUCCGAAGUAAGAUGGCUGAUGAAUUUCUUGCAGACAAUUUGGUCAUCUAUAUAGAAAAAGAAUUAGCAGCUAUUUUCGACACAAAUUCAAUUAUAGAUGAUUUUGAAAAUAGAAAAAAAAUGCCGAAUAGCCUUUUCAUGAUACAAAACUGUUUUUGGCAUGGAUUUGCUAAUGGGAUCUUUUGGUGUGGAUUCGUCAAUGAGAUAGUCUACUACCACGAGUCUUGUGAUCUACACCGCGAUGAGACUGCAGAAAUGGGUGCUAACAUAAAUGCCCAUGUUAUGAUUUCGAUUUUUGGGGCGGUUGGAGAACCAAAUGUGGUGGAAGUUGUCCUUGGGGAUGAAGAUGAUGUCGAGUCUGCCACAAUUGAUGAUGACCGCGAUGAUAAUAUAGGGAUGAGAAUUCCUGUUAGGACUGGUGGAGCAUCGAGCUCGGGAACUCAGCAGUACUCACUGCACUUUUCUGCUCUAGACUUGGAUGCGAUGAGACUGGAAGGGUUACCGGAUCUGGAUUUGGCGCUAGAGAUUCACAUGACACCGCAAGUGUAG